AUGGAGCACAGGGCUGCUGGGCCCGGGCACUGGGCAGGGGCAGGUGCCAGCCUGCCCUGCUCCAUGUCCUGUGGAGGAGGAGGGACGGCUUCGGGGGCUGACUGCCUUGGGGGGCAUCCAGAGAUCCCACGUCAGCUCUCACAGAUCCGAAACACGAGGGUUCCCCAGGGAGCAAAGCCUUUCCCCGACCCCUCCAUGGCCAUCAGGUGGUGCCAGGCUCAGCUGGCACGCUCCCACCUCUGCUCCUGCAGGAUCUUUGGACUUUGUGCUGAUUUUGCCGUUCGCUUUUUCUUAGCAGCAGAAUUCACUUUUCAAAGAGACAACGAGCCCUGCUGCCCACGCCCUGUGUCUGCUGGGGCCUCGUCCCUCCCAUUCCGCAUUCCUCUGCCCCCGUGCAAAGGCACAGGAGGAGGGAGCGGUCACGCAGUGUCCCCUCGGUGUCCCCUGGCCAGGACAGCCAUGUGUCCCCCGCUCUGGAUCGCAGCCUGGGCGCUCCUGCUCCACGGCUGUGCUGCGGGGAGGGCACCACCGGCUCCUUCCACCAGGAAUGACAUCCGGGAUUGCUCCUCGGACCCACCGUACCUGCCACCGACUGCCUCCAACACCACGGCUCGUCUGGCCGCGCUGCGGAGCCUCAUGCGGCCCCACGGCGCCCACGCCUACAUCGUGCCCUCCACGGAUGCCCACAUGGAUGGUGACACCUCCGACGCCCUGCCAUCGCCCUCGGAGCCCAAAGGGGACAUUCCCCGCGACUCCGGCUGCUUCGAGGGAUCAGAGACCCUGGACGGCAGCCGGGAGGAGGCCGAGCUGGGGGGCCCCGAGGAGCGGCUGGGGGCUCUGUCCAUGGCAGGAUCCCCCUGA